AUUGAAAAAUAAUUAAUUAAAUAAAUUUAAUUAUUGGAAUACAAAUCCAAGCGGAGGGAACAAGAAGCAGGCAGUAUCCUAGCGAUCUAAAAGAAAAAAAAAAUAGCGAGUUCAGUUGGAGAAAUUCAGUUGAGCUGUUGUUUCUCUUUGUAUAUUUAGCUGAUCGAACGAUAUUUAGUUCAGAUCCACUAAGAAAUGGUUGUUUUCACAAAUUCGAUCCCGACAUGGACACUGGGCAACCCAUCAAAGAUUAAGCAACAUUCUAGUACAGCCAUACAAAGGAGCCCGACUUUUACAAGAAGUCAAGCUAAAAGAUGCUGUGAUUGUUAUGAUAUGUACAAAGAGUUAGUCCCAUAUACCAAAGCGUGGUCCUGGCAAAAGACCAUUGUCGAUAAGAGGAAAGCACAAGUUGAAAGGAAUGAGGAUCUUGCUGACACACUCAUUAUAUUGCAGCAUAAGCCGGUUUAUACGUUGGGUACUGGUAGCUCUGAAGAGAAUCUACAUUUUGAUGUAAAGAAUGCUCCUUUUGAAUUGUACCGAACAGAACGUGGUGGCGAAGUUACUUAUCAUGGCCCUGGUCAGCUAGUUAUGUAUCCCAUCAUCAAUCUUCGAUAUCAUAAGAUGGACCUUCAUUGGUACCUCAGGAGCCUUGAGGAGGUGAUUAUACGAGUUCUUUCUUCAUCAUUUUCUAUGGAGGCUUCAAGAAUUAAUGGCCUAACUGGUGUUUGGGUUGGGGGUCAGAAAUUAGCUGCAAUUGGCAUUCGAGUAUCUCAAUGGGUCACGUAUCAUGGCCUGGCACUGAAUGUCACCACAGAUCUGUCACCCUUUCAACAGAUAGUUCCAUGUGGGAUCCGUGAUCGUCAAGUUGGAAGCAUAAAGGGAUUGCUGAGAGAGUACUCAAACUCUAAUGGCUGUGACACAGAAAACCAUCAGGACAUUGAUGAUGUCCAGCUUAUUGAUAUAACUCAUAGAUCUUUAGUUAAGGAGUUUUGUGAAGUUUUUCAAGUUGAUCUCCAAUGUAAACAUUCACCUCUUUUAAUUUCUUGAGAAAAUCCUUCUCUUGGCUUGAUUAGGUUAAAGACUUAUUCUUGGAGAGUGAAUUAUUCAACAGAUUAUACAGAAAUAUCAGAUUUGUAGCAA